AUGGAGGGCAUCGACCUCUCCGCCCUUAGCGGGGAAGAGCUACAGCAAAAAGUGGAGGAGAUCGUCCAGCAACGAGUGCAAGCCGAACUCGAAGCCAACAGGAUAAACGAGGGUGAAGUCACCUACGCCCCACCACCUGCCGGCAACCCGGUCCCACCUACCGGCAGCCAGCCAUCACACUCCAGCCAGGUGAAGAACCUGGGAGAGUUGAGAUGGUAUUCUGGGUGCUUUUACGAGAGGAAUAAGGAGACCGGUAGGUUGACGAUUUCUCAGCAGACUUUCACGGACGAGCUAGCAGCAGAAUAUGGAGUAGUGGGAGGUAGGAGCGUUCCGAUGUCUUCGGGUGUGAAGCUUUCUGAUUUUGAUGCGGAUGAGGUGGCGACAGACUUUCCGUUUCGUGAGCUGGUAGGAUCGUUGAUGUGGCUGGCGACUCAGACUAGACCAGACAUUGCGAAUGCAGUAAGGGCAGUAGCUAGGUAUUGCGCAUCUCCGAAGCUGGUACACUGGAAUGCAGCGAUGGAUAUUUUAGGCUAUGCGAGGAGGACGAGUCACUUUGGUAUUUCGUUUCAGAGAGGUACGGUAGAGGGAUUCAGCUUGCAGGGAUACGCUGAUGCGGACUUUGCAAGCAAGGCAGCAGACCGUAGGUCGGUAUCAGGGGGGAUCGUGACGUGUGGAGGAGGCGCUGUGUCUUGGUUUUCCAGAACGCAAAAGUGCGUCACGCUGUCGACGACAGAAGCGGAGUACGUCGCGCUAGGCGACGUAGUGAAGGAGAUUUUAUUUUUGAGGCAGAUUUGGCGUUUCAUGUUGCCGCAGGUCGGCAUGCCGUGCAUCCCCGUCUUCGAGGACAACCAGGGGGCGAUUCAACUAGCGCAGAACCCCAUCUCGAACUCGAACUCGAAGCACAUAGAUGUAAGGAACCAUUUUCUUAGAGAACUGGUAGAGAGGAAGGAAAUUUCGGUCAUUCACGUGCCGUCGCUGUACCAGCGUGCAGACUUCCUUACGAAGAGUUUGUCGAAGGAUGCUUUCGAGUCUCACCGUGAUUUUGUGAUGAAUUUGGCAUGA